CUGGCUAUUCUCUCUCCUAUCAUGACCGAAUCCAACCGCCAGCUCCUCCUCCGGUGCAUCGUUUGCAUCACUACUUCUGUGAGCGCUUCUUCGCACACUGUAGCAACCUCCGUUCCCGAAGCGAUUCAGCGGAUAAUAAUCAAACCCUAAAAAGUAGUCUAAUUAUCUUCAGGUUAUAAUUCAAAUCGGACUAACCUAAACUAGGGAUGGAAACAACCGUCGGUUGCUGCCCUCAUUGGCUCAUUGCUAUGUGGAUGUGUCUUUUUACCUUAACUUCCACCGUGGACAUGACAAAAACAAAUAUAAGGUGCAUUCCAUCAAGCCAACUCUCUGUUAUCAAGCCGGCUGUCCGGGAACUCUCGAAAGUGGGAUUUGAUCCAUUUGGAAAGGGACCAGAGGAUGAAGCUGUGGGGUUUGCAGAGAAGUCACCAGGUUGUCAAGACUUUAAAAGCAGCUGUAAAAAAGCCAAUGUUGAGGAAUAUUUAGCGCGCGUCUCCGGUGAUGGCGAGGCAAGAAGUUCAGUCCCUGAAUCCGAGCAACCGUUUGUAAAUAAAUCAUACAGCCGUGGAUUAGAAGAACGUCGGCUCGUGGACAGUUCUGAAGUGCUCUAUCAACAUAAAAGUGGCUCGGGCAUCACCUCCAAACUCACAGAUAGGCCUAUGCCGCCACCUGCCACCCUCAAUAAAGUAACCGUCAAUAACACUAGACAUAAUACAUUUAAUAGUUUUGGAAGAGAAAAUAGACUUAAACGACAUGAGUUAUCAAAAAAGAAGGCUGGGGCAAGUUUGAGGAACCUUCGCCGUCGACGAAAGCGCAGCUUCCAAACGGCGGAGAGCAAAACAUCUUGGUCCGGAUUCGGAUGGAACGGUGAAGAUGCGUCAACCCCCGGGCAACAUGAGUUGAAACUUAGUAGUUCUACAUUCGCACUCACGGGGGAUUCAGCUCAUAACCAAGCCAUGGUGCAUUGGUCCGGCCAAAAUAGCAGCGUGAUUCUAAUGCUGACUAAGUACUUUGACUUCAGCCUUGGCAGUGUCACAGAGAGCUCUCUAUGGAGGUCAACAGACUAUGGAACCAGGUAUGAGAAACUUGAUGAAAAGGUUGGGCCAAAAACCAUACUAAGCUACUUGUACGUGAGUCCGAAUAACAAACGAAAGAUCAUGUUACUGACCGACCCGGAGGUGGAGAGCAGCCUGCUCAUUAGCUUUGACGAGGGCGCAUCCUAUCAGAGGUACCACUUAGCCUUCGACAUCCUCAGCCUCCUCUUCCACCCCGAGCAGGAGGACUGGAUCCUGGCUUACAGCCACGACCAGAAGCUCUACGUCUCUGUUGAAUUUGGAAGACGAUGGCAGCUCGUACAUGACAGUGUGGUCCCCAACAGAUUUUACUGGUCAAAACUGGGUUUGGACAAAGAACCAGGAAUGAUUCACUUGGAGACAAGUGUUUCUGACAGACGAUCCCAGUAUAUAACAUGUAAGCUGCAGAACUGCACAGAGGCCAACAAAGGCAGGCCUUUCCCUGGGUUUAUCAGCCCAGAUUCCCUGGUGGUUCAGGACCAGUAUGUAUUCAUUCAGGUACCAAUGGGUGGUCGGCCUGUCCAUUAUGUGUCAUACAAAAGAAAUGCUUUCUUCCCCAUGAAGCUGCCUAAGUACACAUUUCCAAAGGACUUGCAGAUAAUCAGCACCGAUGAUAACCAGGUGGUGGCAGCAGUGCAGGAUUGGCACCAGAAUGACUCCUACAACUUGUACAUGUCAGAGGCCCACGGUCUCUUCUUCACUCUGGCCCUGGAGAACGUAGUGAGCAGUGGGGGACCAGAGGGCAACGUUAUGAUAGACCUCUAUGAGGUCGCAGGGAUAAAAGGGGUGUUCUUGUCAAAUAAAGUUGUCGAGAACGAAGUGAAAACAUUUAUCACUUACAAUAAGGGGCGAGACUGGCGUCUUCUACAUGCCCCUACCACUGAUCUGAGCGGUACCAGACUCUACUGUGUACAGCCCUAUUGUUCAUUGCACCUGAAUCUCCAUGUGUCUGACAACCCGUACACGUCUGGAAACAUAGUCAGUAAAGAAUCAGCUCCAGGAAUUAUAGUAGCAUCAGGUACCAUUGGGCCUGAGCUGACCGCCAAUAAUGUCAGCAUUUUCAUCACCUCAGAUGCUGGCAACACUUGGAGAGAGGUAUUUGAGGAGGAGUAUAGCAUCCUCUUUCUUAACCAGGGCGGUGCCCUAGUGGCCAUUCGACACACACCUCUCCCCAUCAGACACAUUUGGUUGAGUUUUGAUGAGGGAAGACACUGGAACAAAUUCAGCUUUACCUCCUCUCCUCUCUAUGUAGACGGAGUCUUAGGAGAGCCAGGGGAGGACACCCUCAUCAUGACAAUAUUUGGCCAUUUCAGCCAUCGUUCUGAAUGGCAGCUUGUCAAGAUUGACUUCAGGCCCAUCUUCAACAGAAGGUGCACCACAGAUGACUAUCAGACCUGGCAGUUACACAAUGAUGGUAAAGUCUGCAUCAUGGGAGUGAAGAGAAUCUUCCAGAAUCUGAAGCCCGACGCCAGAUGUGUCAAAACCAAAGAUCAGUACAUCUCCCAGAUGUCAGACUCCUGUCCAUGCACUGAGGCUGACUUUGAGUGUGAUUUUGGCUUUGAGAGGCAGAGUGAUGGAGGAUGCACUGCUGCCUUCUGGUUUGUUCCAUCCUCCGUGUCCAGAGACUGCACCACCGGAGACAGCUUCCUAAACACUACAGGAUACCGUAAGGCUCAGUCCAAUAACUGCACUGCGGGAACCCUUGGGAAGUACCGCCUUAGGAGGCAGAGGUGUCCCCACCAGGCCCCCAGAGGUCUGCAGCUGGUCACCAGUGAGGGAACACUCACAGCCACCCUAGGGGACAACGUGACCCUCCUGGUGUUUCUGGAGGAGGGUGACGGCUCCACAACCAGUAUAACAGUGGACUUUGGAGACGGGACGGCCAUAUCCUACACUAACAUCAGCUCCAUAGAGGAUGGGGUCAAACAUACCUACAGUAAAGUGGGCAUUUACCAAGUGGCUGCCACGGCACUCAACAGCCUGGGCUCUGAGAGAGUCUUACUAUACCUGCAUGUUACUUGUACACUUGAGCAAGUGCAGCUUUCAGCUCCCUCUGUGGUUGUUAGGAAUAAAGCAGUGGAUCUAUCAACAGUCCUGAAGCCACGUUAUGUUGGAACAGUCACCUACUACUGGUGGUUCAACAACCACACUGAGCCUGUCGUGACUUUAGUGGGAGGAAUGUCCUUCACCUUCUACAAGGAGGGAACUCAUACUGUCACCGUGCAAGUGUCAGCAGGCAACACUGUCCUUCAAGACAAAAUAACUGUUGCAGUCUAUGAAUAUUUCCGGUCACACGUUUUAGCAUUCUCCUCUAAUCUGGACGCCUUCAAUCCUGCUGUGGCUGAAUGGAGACAGGACAUCAGUAGAGUGGUCAAGGACUCCAUGGUCCAAGUCACAGGGAUCAAUGGAGAGCAGCUUCUGGUGUCAGUGCUCCCAGGGUUGCCAACGGCAGCAGAGUUGUUUAUCAUCCCAGAGAAAAGGCCAACAGAGGGGACGAUGAAUAGAAAAGGGACACAUUUAGAGCAGCUUUCUCAGGUCCUGCUAAGUGCCCUGAACCAAGACCUCAUCCAGUUUACUCUGCGGCCCGGGGUUCAGGUUAACGUUUACCCCACACGACUGUCUCCAGCUCCUCUCGUGGACACCAGUGAGAGUGGGCACAAUGGUGCUGCAGUCAUUAUGCUCGUGUCUGUAGUAUUUGUGGGUUUGGCAGUUUUCGUUAUCUUCAAGUUCAAAAGGAAGAUCCCUGGCAUCAACAUAUACACAGAGGAGAGGUCAGAGAAACAACAGGAAGUGAUCCCUACGGUGGCGUCCAUAGCUGUCCCAAAUCCUGAGGGAGACAUGGUGACCUCUUUGGAACACUUGGACACAGGGCCAGAUGCACGUGGCAUAGGAUACCUGCCAUCUCUCACAGACAUCAAACUCUCCGAUGAAACUCCCCCUGUGUUUUAAUUCUCCGAGUCUACAGCCGACUUGUAAUACAUCUUUUUGGCAGUUACUUCCAGCAAACUCUGAAGUCAUGGAACCAAUGGAUGGUCUCGGGUGUUUUCUACCCAUGCAUGGACAG